AUGCACUUAACUAGAGUUCCCCGAUCACUUCAUCGCGACCAACGCGCCCUCUGCCGCCAUCGACGCGUUUCUUGGACACAACGACGCGUCUUAUGCGAAUCAAUCAGGCUGUUCCUGCACCACGCUUCUGUGCACUCCGGGAUUCUCGCGGGCAUCUACGGAAACAAGCACGAAGGAUGCUAUAGCGUAGUCCUCUCUGGACAGUAUGAGGACGAUAAAGAUGAAGGAUAUAGAUUCACAUACACCGGAUGUGGAGGCCGAGACACCAAGGAUGGCGAGAAAGUAGGGCCACAGACAUGCGACCAAAGCUGGAACAACUCGCGCAAUAUGUCCCUCCGGGUGUCCGCGCAGACGAAGAAGCCCGUGCGCGUAGUGCGCGGGUACAAGUCCAGCUCCGACUUUGCUCCAGUGGAGGGGUACCGUUACGACGGGCUCUACACCGUUGAAAGCGCUUGGAUGGAUGUGGGCAAGAGUGGCUUUCAAGUAUGCAAGUACUUGCUGAAGGUAUGUGUAUCCCUCCCUUCCCCACUCCAAAAGCGACCAAUUCUCAUAUGCGUCGUCGACUAG